ACCGAACUGUCAAAAGGGUUCACUGUUAAAUGCGAAUUAACUGUCAAACACAAUUUGCAAUAAACAUAUUUAUAUUUGUACAAUAGAUAAAUUAUAUAUGUGUUUAUAUGCAUACGUAACACCAGCCAGAGUUUGUAAAUUGCCGUAUGUGCAUUAAUUUUUAUAUACAUUUAAUGUUAUGAAAAAGUUAAUACAUUAUCACAAUGUUACUCAUACUUUUAGUGUUUUUCCUCUUCUUCAUUAUAACUAGAUGUUUGUAUAUUAUAUUUAAUAUUCAUUACUCCAAAUCUUACAAUGAGAGUCAUUCACGAAAAGAGCCUGCAAAAACUAUGAUAUGCAUUGGCUCAGGUGGACAUACAACCGAAAUGUUAAUAAUUGUGAAAAGUUUAAACCCCCAAAGUUAUAGCCCAAGAAUUUAUGUAAUGGCAAACACUGAUACUACAAGUGAAACAAAAAUCCACGAAGCAGAAAAGCAAUUGCCACAUUCUUCUAAGCAAUAUUCUAUAAUCAAAAUAGCAAGAAGUCGAAAAGUCUUACAGAGCUAUUUUACAUCAAUUUUUACUACAAUAUACUCCACGAUUAUGUGUGUUCCUAUUCUGAUAAAAACUAAUCCUGAUUUGAUAUUGUGUAAUGGACCCGGUACUUGUGUGCCUUUAUGUGUAAUUGGUUUUUUGUGUAAAGUAUUUUAUCUGAACAAAAAUUUGAAAAUUGUAUUUAUUGAAAGUUUUUGCCGUGUAAAAAGUAUUUCUUUGACUGGUAAGAUCUUAAAUGUAUUUGCUGACGACAUUAUAGUGCAAUGGGAAGAGCUAUUAAAGAUUUGUAAACGAGCAAAAUAUUUUGGUAGAUUAACAUAA